AUGGCUCGUUCCCGUGCCGUGCUGGCUCCUCUUGUGGCCAUGGCCUGUGUGGCGGCGCUCUUCAACAGCUACAGCUUCGUGGCUCCGCGACAGGCAAGCAUCCCGGCAGCUGCCAUCACUGCGGCUGUCGCCCCGGCAGCAGCCCAAGCUGCCGUGGACAUGCCGGAGAUCGACAUGGGCUCCAGCUUGAACCUCUCCGCCACUGUCGAAGCCCUCAUGCUCGGCAUCGUCAUGGGCACCGUUCCCAUCACGGUUUUCGGCCUUUUCGUCUCCGUGGCCAUGGCCUGUGUGGCGGCGCUCUUCAACAGCUACAGCUUCGUGGCUCCGCGACAGGCAAGCAUCCCGGCAGCUGCCAUCACUGCGGCUGUCGCCCCGGCAGCAGCCCAAGCUGCCGUGGACAUGCCGGAGGCGGAUGAAGUGCACUGCCGCACCGUUCCCAUCACGGUUUUCGGCCUUUUCGUCUCCGCCUGGCUCCAGUUCAAGAAGGGCCCAACCCUGGGUAUUUAA